GCCGCGCUGCAUAAAUAGAGGGCGCUUCAGUUAGCGGCACGAGACGGCGCCAUUUUGACAUCGUGGUGAAAUCUGAAGAACUGCCAUAGUUUUAACGAUUUGUUUUCUGUAAUUGGAGAUUGAAAGCAAGAAAAUGGGAGGAAAAGAAGAAGUCGGAAAAAUAUUUGUUGGAGGACUAAGCUGGAACACUGAUCAAGCAUCGCUCCAGGAAUAUUUUGGACAGUUUGGGGAGAUCACAGACUGCAUUGUCAUGAAAAAUCCGCAGACUGGAAAAUCGAGGGGAUUUGGUUUUGUCACAUUCAAGGAUCCAUCUACAGUUGAGGUCAUUUUAUCAUCCAAAAACCAUGUUGUGGAUGGCAGAACGGUUGAUGCGAAGGCGUGCAAUGCAAGAGGAACGACACCUAAGCCACAAAACCGUGGAGGGCCUGGAGGUGGAGGGAUGACUGGGCGUACUAAUAAGAUCUUCAUUGGUGGUUUACCAAACAAUGCUGGGGAAGAUGUCAUCAGAGAAGCAUUUUCUCGAUUUGGGACUGUGACAGAGGUUGUCAUAAUGUAUGACCAUGAAAAGGGUCGCUCCCGGGGGUUUGGUUUUUUGACUUUCGACAAUGAGGACAGCGUAGAACAGGCUUGUGCGGAACAUUAUGUGGACGUCAGUGGAAAACAGGUUGAGUGCAAGAAAGCAGAGCCUCGUGGCUCUGGUGGAGCUGGUGGGGGACGUGGUCGUGGACGUGGUGGUGGGCCUGGCGGACCAGGUGGACCAGGUGGGCCAGGAGGCUAUGGACAAGACUGGGGACAGCAAGGAGGAUGGAAUCAAGGGUGGAACCAAGGAUGGAACCAGAACUAUGGGCAGCAAAAUUGGGGUCAGGGUGGCUAUUCUAAUGGAUGGGGACCACAAGGCGUAUGUACAGCAGCAGCCUAUGCUGCUGGGGUAGGGACAGCAGCUGUUGGCCUCAACACCACAAUGGGUAUGAGCACCGAGGCUGCUGUGAAGUCACUAAACAGCAGUGGAGAUGGGUCUGCUUAUAAAUCAGAGGCUCUCUCCACUCCUGCCGCUGUGCUGGGAACAGGUCAAGGUGGUCAGCAGGGUAUGGGCUAUGGUGGUUAUAACCAGUAUGGUGGACAACAAGGACCAGAUGGUACAGGUCAAGGUGGUCAGCAAGGAAUGGGCUAUGGAAAUUACCAGUAUGGAGGACAGCAGGGUCCAGGCUAUGGAGGCCAAGGCCAAGGAGACAGUACCCAGCAAAGUGGUGGCAACUAUGGCUAUGGAGGUUAUGGUGAUGGCCAGUUUGGUGGCCAGGGACCCCAACAAGGCAACUACGGAGGUCAGCAAGCUGGAUUUGGAACAGGUAGUAGUAGCACUGGUGCUGUCAGUGGUACUCAAAGUAGUGCAGGUGUUGGCAAUAUGGGCAGCAACUAUCAACAGCGACAGGCUCCUGGUAACACAGCUGCAGGAAAUGCACGAGGAGGUGCUUCACAGAACUUUCAUCCUUACAGCCGACAGUAACUGGAAUAUCAGAAGACAGGUUUACAUAAAUCAGUGAACUUAACAUGGCCUUGUGCUUCUUAAGGGUUGGGGUGUGCUAAUUGCCAUCAUGUGUGAUGGGAGAGCUGGGUUUUUGAUGGCAAACUCAUAAUGGAUUGCUUGUGUAGCUCAUCAAAGGACUUCAUACUUCUGUGCAGUUGUAAUGCCAGGUGUGUGUAUGAUGGAAUGCACAAGUUCACCUGUUAACAGAUCUUUUAGUUUCAGUGGAUGCACAGUAUAUAUAUAACAAUUGUGGAAAUUAUCUGGCCAUUUUCUCCAUUCCCUGAGAUAGUGGAAACAGUUUUAUAAAACAAAUGGUUCUUUGUAUUUUACAAUCUAUUGUUGGGUUUUAGAUGGCCUGUGGUACUGUUCUGAUUAUUCUUGUUUACUUUUUAUGUGUUUACGUCAGUUUUAGAGGGAUGAAAAUUACAUAUACCUGUCCAAGAUUUCACCAUCACGGUUAAAUGGCAGCUUAUUCUAUGUACUUGGGUAGGUGUAUCAUCAGUAUUACACUGAAUGUCAGCAUCUCAAAUUCCUGUUUGUACUUGAUGGGGGCAGGGUCUGCACACCAUGGGUCAAAUAUCAAAAAUAAAGUUUGAAACCAAUAAAGAUUAAGUGUUUCCAAUUGUGUAAAAUAUUUUGUGUCUAAUUUUCAAAUAAAUGAUUGAAUUCUU